AUGUCUCACGGUGCGAGUAUCUGCACGAACCCCAGUGACCAGAUGGACAUCUUGAACUUCUUCCAUUUUCAUACUGCUGCGUUUCAGGCUGCCUUCUCGCUGUUCACAGUCCUGCAGCCUGUGCAGCCUUUCGGUUCAUUGCGGGAGAGGUUGGAGUCUGCUUCUGGGACAGAUUUGUUCACACAGCUGGAGAGAAGGGGGGUUAAUGCCAGCCAGCUGGAGAGAGAUCAGAUCAGUCUGAUGGGGUUCAGCAGGUAUCUAGGAGGAGAGGAGAAUAGCAUGGUCCCUCCAGAGAGACUGGACAUCAUAGAUGAUAUGAACCAGCCCCUGUCCCACUACUUUAUCAACUCUUCCCACAACACCUACCUCACAGUUGGUCAGCUGACAGGUCUGUCGUCGGUGGAGAUGUAUCGCCAGGUGUUACUGACUGGCUGUCGCUGUAUAGAGCUGGACUGCUGGAAGGGACGUCCGCAGGACGAGGAACCGUACAUCACGCACGGCUUCACCAUGACCACAGAGAUACCCUUCAAGGAGGUGAUUGAAGCGAUAGCAGAAAGUGCGUUCAAGGCCUCUCCCUAUCCCCUCAUCCUCUCCUUCGAAAACCAUGUUGACUCGGCGAAGCAGCAGGCCAAGAUGGCGGAGUAUUGUCAAAGUAUCUUUGGAGACGCCCUUCUCAUCGACCCUCUGGAGAAAUACCCGCUGAUCCCAGCUCAGCCCUUACCGUCACCCCAGGAGCUGCUGGGUAAGAUCUUGAUCAAAAACAAGAAGAAGCACCACCAUAGAGCGUCCACCAGGGGCAGUCUGAGGAGGAGGACCGGAGAGACGGACAGUCUGGGACAGGCUUCACCUCUUAACGACUGUCAUUUCAGUGACAGUGAUGGAGGCCAGCUGCUAUCCAAUGGGGAAGAGAGGCUGGCAGACAGGCUGGUUAAAGACGGAGAUCCUCGCAAAUCUAUUGGAGGGGAGGGAGAAAGUGAUGAGGAGGAGGAAGAGGAACCAGUGGCUGAACUGAAGAAACCGAACUCUGAUGAGGGUACUGCUAGUAGUGAGGUGAACGCAACAGAGGAGAUGUCUACUCUGGUCAACUACAUAGAACCUGUCAAGUUCAAGAGCUUUGAGGUCGCAAACAAGAGGAAUAAGUAUUUUGAGAUGUCGUCGUUCGUUGAGACUAAGGGUAUGGACACCCUGAAGAGUGCCCCCAUUGAGUUUGUUGAGUACAAUAAGAAGCAGCUGAGUCGUAUCUAUCCUAAGGGCACCAGGGUAGACAGUUCCAACUACAUGCCUCAACUCUUCUGGAACGUCGGCUGUCAGAUGGUGGCACUGAACUUCCAGACUCUUGACCUGCCCAUGCAGUUGAACAUGGGAGUAUUUGAGUAUAAUGGCCACAGUGGCUACCUACUGAAACCAGAGUUCAUGAGAAGGACAGACAAACACUUUGACCCCUUCACCGAGAACAUUGUGGAUGGCAUCGUAGCCAACACCGUGAAGAUCAGGGUGAUCUCGGGUCAGUUCCUGACCGAUAAGAAAGUGGGCGUGUACGUGGAAGUGGACAUGUUUGGACUUCCUGCCGACACAAAGAGGAAGUAUCGCACCAGGACAUCCAAUGGGAACAGCCUGGACCCUGUCUGGGAUGACGAGACAUUUGUCUUCAACAAGGUGGUCCUCCCCACCUUGGCCUCUUUGAGGAUUGCUGUGUUUGAGGAGAAUGGGAAGUUCCUGGGACAUCGGAUCUGUCCUGUGUCAACUAUCCGCCCCGGUUACCACUACAUCAGCCUGAAGAACGAGAUGAAUCAACCUCUGAUGCUGCCCUCCCUCCUGGUCUACACCGAGGCUCAAGACUACGUUCCUAAUGAACAUCAGGAGUAUGCAGAAGCAUUGACCAACCCCAUGAAACAUUACAGUCUCCUGGUCCAGAGAGACAGACAGCUGGCGUCUCUAAUGGAGGACAACAGUGAGAGUGUUUUUGAGCAGCCAAAGGAGGGAGGGCCGGAUUUGGAAGGUGACGCCCCUCUUGUGAAGAUCCCCUCCCCCUCCAUCCCGUCCCGC